GCGUACCUUACCCGAUGGAAGUCAAUUUAUAUUCCUCCACUAAAAAAUUAUACUGUAUAGAUAGAUCAAUUCUUUUUAUUAAUAUGAUUAUAUGUCGAAUCUCUUAACUUAUUGAUAUAUUUAUUUCUUUAUAUUCGACACCUCAAUAAAAAUAGUUAAAUUUAAAUUUUGACCUCGCCUCAAACUUCCAAACAGCUCCUUCAACUCUUCAUUCAGCAAAUAUGCCUUGUUUUCUGGGUCAAUCCUAAUUUUCUUUUACAGGGAUCAAUUUGCUUUAAAUUUUUUAGUCCCUCUCAAAGUUUUGCUUUGACAACUGUUUUAUUGAACUCCUAGAACUUUAUUGUUAAAUGUGGUUUGUGCUUUCUCUUUGGUAAUAUCCAAUUUCCAACUAAGGACCAACCCUCCUGUUUGGGCUGUGCAUAUUGAACUGCAAGAAAAUAUGGGUGCUGAAAAUCAAAGCUUGAAUAGAGAUUUUGGAGAAAAGGGUGUUGAAAAGAUCUCUGUUUCUGAUCAUAUUAAUGGAUUAAAGUGCGCAAGCACAAAAUCAGAGAGCUUUGUUGUGAAUAUGGAAAGCAUAUCUCAUCUUGUGGAGAAAGAAAUCAGUGGAAAUUCAAGAAUUACUAGAAACUUGUCAAGAAAGGGUUCAUUGCGAGGCGGCGAGAAAAGAACAAACUUUAACGCUAUGAAUGAGAAAGACACUAACCUAAUGGUGGCGACUUCACCAAGAGCAUCUUUGCUAGCAGCUAACACUCCUGAAAAGACGAUGGCAGUAACGGUGGGGACAGCCGAUCAUCGGACACCAGACAUACAUAAUCAGAUCACAGCAGCGGCCGCCACACCGCUGGUGGCGGCCGCCAACAGUGUUACUGCCACCGAGAGCAAAGUUGGUGGCAGAAGAUUCAGUUUAAGACGAUCUUCUUCCCCUUCUUGGACCAUUGAUCCUAGGAGGAUACUAAUUUUCUUUGCUACCUUGUCAAGUAUCGGAACAAUACUAUUGAUCUAUUUCACUCUAUCCAUGACCAAAGUUACUGGAGAAGACAAAGCUUCUUAUUGAUCUAUUUCAUACUAUCCAUUGCCAGGCAAAAUGGAGAAGACAACGUUUUCGUUAACAGAAGAGAUGUGAGGAACUGUUUGUUCUCUUAAAUAACAAAGUGAUAAAGAGGUCAACCAACUACUUGUGUAAAUUCCAACUCAGAAGUCUGAUAUAGAAGCAGAAGAGAUAUUGAGCAUCACUAGUUUUUGAAUAACAAAAAGGAGUUACAUGAAUGGAGCCAAAAGAGAUGCUAAAAUUACAGCUUGGCCUAACAUUUGAAAUAAUUCAAAGAUAUAACUUCAAUCAGCUGCCUCUUGUUGUAUGACUUUUACGAGAAGAAAAUAGUAGACACAACAUGAAAAACAUGCGAAAUAUUCAGAUAAAGAGUGGCAGGGUUUGGAACACAUGUACAUCUUUUUCUUCUUCUUUUUUUUAUUUUUUAUUUCGAGUUGUUUAUAUGUGUUUUUGGUUUGAUAUAUUAUUAUACAGAUGUUUUUUGAGAACCAGGAGUAAUAUAUUGCGAUCCCAUGCUAUUUUCUUUU